CAUCCCUGCUCACUGUUCUCAGCUCGAGUUGUGUUUCCGAGUCCCUAACUCACAUCUCUUGUAUUCAGCUCCAAAAGGUUUGUCAGUUUGGAUCAUCUACAUACUCUCAGACUGGUCUCUUGUCACAUUUAUUAAGCAGCUUUGGCCAGCUAGAGUUUAUUGCUGGUAUAUCCCAGUGGAAUAUUGGAAGAAAUGUGAUACAUUUCAUACAAAAAUAAGGAAAAUAGGAGUAUUCAAUGUUCCCCGAAAUUCCAUUUUAUGAGCCCCAAUGCACCUGUGAAGGGAUGCUUAACGAUUGAUAAACAUUCUGGAUUCAAGGUACGUUCUGCACUAGUGUGCAUGGAAGAUGCAUUUCUGUUGAAACAAGAGUUCCUGCUGCAUCCACCAUUUGGUCAAUACAGCUGACUGGGCUGCAGGUUUUGUGCUUAAGAACUCCACUCACUUCAGAUCACAAUGGUCCAGCUAUUGCCAGCACAAGAAGCAGCCAAGAUCUAUCACACCAACUAUGUACGGAAUGCCCGUGCCAUCGGUGUCCUGUGGGCAGUGUUUACUAUAUGCUUUAAUAUUAUCAUGGUGGAAGUGUUCAUCCAGCCAUACUGGAUUGGGGACAGUCUAAACACACCACAAGCAGGUUAUUUUGGCCUUUUCAGCUAUUGCAUAGGUAAUGCACUGACCUCAGAGCUCAUCUGCAAAGGCAGUGCUUUAGACUUUGAGAGCAUACCUUCAGGAGCUUUCAAGACUGCCAUGUUUUUUAUUGGAGUGUCUAUGUUUCUGGUGAUGGGCUCCAUGCUGUGCUUCAGCCUUUUCUUCUUCUGCAAUUCAGCCACAGUAUACAAGAUCUGCGCAUGGAUGCAGUUGGCUUCAGCAGCUGGCUUAAUGAUUGGGUGUCUCAUUUACCCGGAUGGCUGGGACUCUGCAGAAGUGAAGCGUAUGUGUGGAGACAAGACAGAUAAAUACUCCCUGGGAGCCUGCACAGUACGCUGGGCCUACAUCCUUGCUAUUAUAGCCGUCAUGGAUGCUCUCAUCCUCUCAUUUCUUGCCUUUGUAUUAGGAAACAGACAGGACAGUUUAUUGCCAGAGGAUUUCAAGAUCCAAAACAAAGAAGAAGAGGGUGGCUGACAGGAAAGAAUCAUCUAUGAAACUCUGCAUGCAUGUAUUAUACUGUACAGUGAUCCCACAUGGGAAAAGUAUGAAGAAGAUGCCCAAAGACUUGAUUUAACUUCAAUAGUUUAAAUUAUAUGGUUUGUUAAAGCUUUAAAUCCAGCGUAUCUAUUAAUAGAUACGUAUGGUUUAUAUUUAGCAUUAUGCUGUUUCAUAUUACAAGUUUAAUAGAAAGUCAAUACCGAAAUGGAAUAUUAUUUUGCAACAAAAGGACAAGUGUAAUAGCCUGCGAGUUGAUAAAUAUACUCCAAGGGAGAUAUUUAUCAAAGCUUGGAGAGAGAUACAGUACCAACCAAUCAGCUCCUGUCAUUUUUCAAACAGCCUGCAAACUCAGGUAGACGCUGGUUGGUUGGUACUUUAUCUCUCUCCAAACUUUAAUAAAUAUACCAGUAAAUCUUGCAGCUAAAUAGCUCAGCACUUGCCACAACUCACAUUUGAGUAGAUGUAUGAAGCAGUGGAAAGAGUGGAAAAGCGGGCCAGUUGAGAAGUUGCCCAUGGCAACCAAUCAGCUCUGAGAUAACAUUUAUCAAGUGCAUUCUAGAAAAUGUAUACAUACCAGCUGAUUGAUUGGUUGCCAUAGGCAACUUCUUACUCUUUUCACUACUUCAUACAUUUCCCUCAGUAUUCCAUUUAGGGCUAAUUCCAAUCUGAUUGAUACACACAGUACAUCUGAAAUCAGUUCUACACGAGAAGCAAUACGAUACGCAAAAUUUGCUAAUUUUUCCUCACAUUCCCCAGAAGUGUGCAGGAAAAUUAGCAAAGUUAUAUUGUCAUUUUAUGCAUUGCGAAAUGUACUUUGUCAACAGUUCAUUAUAUGAUUUCACUAUAUGUCAUUUCUCGAUUAUAGAAAGCAAACUUUAGCUCUUGCCGCUGUGCCUCCAGGCUAGGGAGCUGAUCUAUGUAUGAGAAGGCCUUUCUAGUGCACUUAACACUUGGGAAAAGUGUCUUGAACAUGUUGUCUGUGUAAUGCCUAACACUUGUGAGCACACUGAUUUGCAAGAAUUCUGUGUAAAGAAAUGAUUUCUGUGUGCUAUAAAUGAGUCAGUUUAUGCAUUUAGGCUCCAAAUUAUCUCUCACCUGUGCAUAAAGAUUCAGGACAUUCCUAAGUGGGCUGUAAACAUUAAGGAUUCCAGGGAAAAGAUUUGCUGGAAUUGCCGGACUCUGCAGAGUGCCAUCUCUCCUCUACAUGCUGAGCUGCAAUCAUCUACAUCCCUCAGUAGCAGAGAGGUUUACAGGUCUUUUUAUAGGCAUCACAGUCCAAUAGAAUUCAAAUUGAGCACUCUAGUCCAUCUCUAAAAUGUCUAACUUUUCUGGCGGUUUGAUGUACAGCUUUGCAAACCAUUACAUAAUAUAUUGGACAAUUUGUAUUAUUUCCAUACCUACUGUAUGUAGUUAUGUACGGUUCUAUUCAGUUCCAUCUAUUAGUGUAUUUUCAGUCAGCACUAUUUAUACCUAUUGGCGAAAUACAUGUACAAUACACCACUAGAUGGCAGCUGACGGAGCAAUUCAUUUGUUGCUCCAUUUGGGCGCGAAUAGCCACAGGAGGACACAAUUCAGCUUAAAGCCUCCUGAGGUGGCGAGCUGAAAUUGCAAAAAAUGGGCUGUUUGGGUGCCCAAACAGUACUUUUCACGUCCAUUAGAUUAGACUCUGUCUGUUUGGGCGCAAUAUGGGUAAAAGAGAAUCCCAUUUGAAUAUCACCCCAUGAUCCUCGGUCACUUUAGCCUGUAGACUGGGAGUGAAAAACAUUUGAAUUACCUCCAUAGUUUAUCACUUUAAAUGGAAACUCUCCAUUCGCCUACCAGCACAAACUAGUAAUAUAUCCUUUCCUAGUUGCAGAAUGAAGCAGACUGGCAGCCUUGGCCUUAGACUCUAUUCAGUCACACAAAGGGGGUCAUUCCGACCCGUUCACACACUGGUUCUUCGCUGCGGCACGAACGGGUCGGAAAUGCGCAUGCACGGCGGACGCACUGCACACGCGCAUCGUUGCCUGGCGAUGAUCGUCGCCGGCCAACGAUGCCACCAGCGACAGGCAGGAGGCGUUCCGGGGCGAAUACUCACGUUUCCAGCCAUUUCGGGGAGUGGUAAGAAAAACGCAGGCGUGUCCAGGCGAAUGGAGGGCGGAUGUCUGACGUCAAAGCCGGGACCUGCAUUGCUGGAUCUGUCGCACAGGGUAAGUAGGUCUAGGGCUAGUCUUGUUUUUGUGUGAAACAUUUUUUUUAGCAUAGCAGGGCUGCACAAGCGUUCACAGCCCUGCUACGCUAAAAUACACUCCCCCAUAGGCGGAGAUUAGUUGAUCGCACCAGCAGCAAAAAGUUGCUUGGUGCAAUCAACUCGAAAUGAGGGCCAAUAUCUCCAGGUUGUUAGUGGUGCUCAUUACCAGAUGAUUAUGACUAGGCUGAAAAAGUAAUUGUUUCUUUUUAUGUAAUCAUCAUGGCCCUCAUUCCGAGUUGUUCGCUCGGUAUUUUUCAUCGCAUCGCAGUGAAAAUCCGCUUAGUACGCAUGCGCAAUGUUCGCACUGCGACUGCGCCAAGUAACUUUACUAUGAAGAUAGUAUUUUUACUCACGGCUUUUUCUUCGCUCCGGCGAUCGUAAUGUGAU